AUGGUUCCCUCUCAACUGCGUGGAGACCACGUCUGCCACUUUGUUUGGACAAGGCCUGACCGCUCCCUGGGCGGCGUCUCGCUCACUUUCAAGCGCCCCCGAACUCUCACUGGAAAACACUCCAACACGUCUGGCUUUGGCCUCACAGAACCUCACGCGGCAAAUAUCGAUGAAGUGGAGACAGAAGUUGUGGAGAUUGAGGCAAAACUAGAUAAGGCUUAUAAGUUCCAAGAGACGGCAAAGUAUGCUCGCCAUUGA